AUGUCCAACAACAACAAUAACAACAACCACAAUGAAGACGUCGAUCAUAAAAAGACUGCGGAGUUGAGAUUGAAGCCAGGAAAUUCAGAAAAUUGUCAAGAAAAGGAUGCGUCCAAACAAACCCAAGAUGAUCAUGAUGGUUCGUUUAGCCGUUCUUCUCCUUCACCAAAUCUUGCUGCCACUGCUGCCACCUCUCCUCUUCCAACAUCAACAACCACAAGUGACUUUGAUAUAAUGAAGAUUGUCAGAGAAAGAGCUGAUGCUGCACAUAUUGAGACAGCUGGAGACUUGGAGCUAGUAGAACUCACCCAAAAAUUUGGCACAACCUUACCGAUGGGCGACAACAGCCACGACAGAACCACAGAUGAUGCACAUUCGCCACUACAUACAAUUCCAAUGAGGCAACCCGAGUAUUUUGGACAACCACAAACUUGUCCUGGUGCAUAUGCUGUUGUUGGUCCAUGUUUUGCUAAUCACAGCGUUAAUCAUUCGAAUGCCGGUAGUAAUACUGGUACAAGUGAGGGAGGCUUUUACAAUUUGAUUCAAGAAAUUGCAGACAAUGAAGUCAUUGCGCAUCCUAUAGACGAUGAUCAGCAGAUAGACCUGUUACCCAAUGCAGUGCCGCUACCAACCAACCAGAGAUCCAGAGCUUACUACUGGAGGCAAAAGUUGCUUUGUUCCCUUUCUGCUGAGGUCAUUGUGGCUUUCCUUGCUGUAUCUAUUACUGUCCUGAUCUUUGUGGUGACAUCCUCCAAGAAAGGAAGCACAAAUCAGCUUCCAAAUCAAAAAGGAUCAAUUUAUAUUCCUGAAAAUCCCGUGGAAGCUGCUGCAACUGCGCAGACCCUUUUGGAGUCACUCAAUCUACCUCACUACACACAAGAGGCAUUGACCAACUCCAGAUCUCCUCAGUCCAAGGCAUAUCAAUGGUUGGUCAACAACAUCAAUAACCAAACCUUCACGCAACCAGAUCUCCCAAAAUGGAGACUGAUACAAAGAUUUGUGAUGGCCACAUUCUACUAUUCCACAAGAGGGGACUAUUGGGUGCAACGUCGUGGCUGGUUGGAUUGGGAGACUAAUGAAUGCAGCUGGGAACAAAUAUUUUUGAAACGAACAUUCUCUCCUGACCUUAGCUGUAAUGAGAUGGGAGAAAUCAAGGCACUGGUAUUUUGGAAUGCCAACAGCAUGGACGGAACACUUCCUCCGGAGAUUUCCUUGCUGGGGAAAAGCUUGCAGUCAAUCGAAGUGAAUCGGCAAUUGCAACUCAAGGGAACCAUCCCCACUGAGUUUGGACUGCUGACAAAAUUGACUCAAUUAUUGUUGACUAUUACAAACAUUGGUGGCUCCUUUCCAACCGAGUUUGGUCAACUGCAGAGUCUCCAGGUGCUGCAUCUUGUUGGGACACCUAUUCAUGGGCAUAUUCCUUCUGAGAUUGGACGACUGCGCAACUUAUCGACAUUUGCUGUGGCGACAGCUGAUAUAACAGGUUCAGUACCAGAAGUUGUUAGCAACGCAAUGCAUCUUCGCUCGCUUAAACUUUCAAGCCGAAGGAGUGGGACAGUAAUGUCAAUUCCAUCUGAAAUUGGCAAUCUGACAGAACUGAAACGCCUCGAUUUGGCGGACUGGAAUCUUCAUGGAACUAUUCCAGAUCAACUUGGGAAAUUAGAGAAGUUGACAUCUCUAGCAUUGAGUGGAAACUCAGUUUCAGGAACUAUACCGCCAGCCUUGUUGGGGUUGAAGAAUCUAGGCCACUUGUAUUUUAGAUUCAACCAGUUGCAGGGCACACUACCACCUGCUCUCUUUUCCAAACUUUCCCACUUGCGGUUCAUAUUCAUCAAUGACAACAUGUUCUCGGGCAAUGUUCCUACGGAAGUGGGUCAGCUGUCUGAUCUCAGGACACUUGAAUUACAGAAUACCAACAUUUCUGGCAUCCUCCCUACAGAAAUACUUAUGCUGGAGAAUUUGACCAGCCUGGUAGUCACAGACACAUCCUUGUCGGGCAGCAUCCCUGAACAGCUGUGUGACAGAAUGUACCAGCAGGAAAUGAAAUGCUUCGGCCAUCCACAGUGUAAAGUCUUGCGAAUGAAAACCAACACAACUGUCUGCCAUGGCACUUCCCUCUGUGGGUGUGAUUGUGGUGCCUGCAAACUUAACUAG